UGAAAGUGACAUCAUUUAAUUUCUGUUUGUCUCCUCCUCUCAGCGGACUCUACUUCUUGCUGGCUCAUGUCUCAGUGCGGCAUAGAUGGUGAACAUCUGGACAGAGAAAACAGCCCAUCUGGAUUUAGACCUGGAUUUUGGACCCUGCAAGCACUCUUCCAAUGAUCUUGAACACAUCUGUCCCAUUUUGGGACCUUGGCAGCAACGAGACCGACGCAGUAGACUGCAACUAUACAACGGGCUGGAACUGGUUGUACUCCUUGCAGCCCGCUUACAUGUCUAUGAUCUGCAUCUUGGGACUAGUGGGCAACUCCUUCGUCCUCUGUGUGUUCUGCCUGCACAGCAAGCACCUCACUGUGGCCGAUGUCUACCUCAGCAACCUGGCAGCGGCCGACUUGGUCAUGGCUAUGUGCCUGCCGUUCUGGGCUGUGACCGUGGCUCAGGGAUUCCAGUGGUCCUUUGGUGUGUCACUCUGCAAGGUAGUGAGCACUGCCAUAGCCAUGAACUAUUCCUGCAGCGUCCUCUUCCUGGUGGUGGUCAGCGUGGACCGAUACCUGGCACUCGUAAAGCCCAUGUCCUUUGGCCGGCGAAGGGACAGAGCCCUGGCCAAGAAGGUCUGCUUCACCAUCUGGGCAAUAGGCUUCCUGCUUGGCCUGCCAGAUUUGCUCUUUCGGUCUGUGAAGUGGUUCCCUGAUCUGAAGGUAGAUGGCUGCUACCUGGCCUACCCUCACGAUAGCUGGAGGGUUCAGAGGAACAUGACGGCAAACACUGUGGGCUUCUUGAUCCCCCUGCCUAUAAUCUUGUUCUGCGGCUACCACAUCAUCUGCGCACUCCACAAAAACCAGGGUGGGAAUUUCCCCGGGGACAGAAAGGAGAAGAAGGCCUCCUAUCUGGUUCUCAUUGUCUUAGCAGCCUACUUCAUUUGCCUGCUCCCUCAUCAGAUUGUGAGGUUCCUGGACACACUGGAUUACUUUGAGGUGACUUUGGGCUGCUACUGGGGCCACGUUCUGGAUAUAGGUACACAGUUAGCCAGCUGUCUAGCCUAUGGUAACAGUGCACUAAACCCCUUCCUCUAUGUGAUUGUGGGAAAUCAUUUCAGGAAUCGGGCCAAAAAAAUGUUCAGACAGGUUCUGAACCAUGCUGUGAAGGAGAAGACUGUUAAUUUGACAUCCACCGCUAAAUUUACUCAGGCAAGCAAAAUAUCUUCAGAGCAAAAUUCAAAAUUCAAAAUUCAUUCUCCUUUGGCAACGUAAGACCUUAUCAUAAAAACUUUAUUUUGUGCAUACACUACUGUUUGUGGACAAUCAAUGAUCUCUACAGAAAAUUGAAUGCAUCCC